AUGCCAAGUCGAAUGGCGCUGAGGACAGGGCUGUGGCUCAGUGCCUGCACAGCAGCGGCUCUGGAGCUCCCGCGGCGGCCCUUAUUACUAGGUCCGGCCGCCGCCACAGCAGCAAGCAAGGUCAACGCAAAUGAACUCCCCUCACCGCUCGUCAGAAUCCUGACGAACCCGAGUUUUGUUGAUAGUCGAGAUUAUCGCUACGUCACAACACCUUCAGGUUUAAGAAUAGUCGUCGCGGGAGACCCAGAAGCAAGAGACGCGACGUUAGCGCUGACGGUGGGCGCCGGCCAGCUGCGAGAGCCCUUUGAAGGUUUAUCCCACUUGACCGAGCACCUGACGAUGGCUGCCAGCAACCUCGAACAAAAGGCGAUCGAUUAUGACGGAGUGGCGAACGCGUACACCGCUUUUGAUAGGACGGUGUAUGUGGCGAACUGCGCGCCGCGGUACGUCGGUGCGUUGUUACGAAGUGUGUCGUCGGCCGUCUCGCCCACAGCCGCGGAGAAGUUCGACGCCUCGACGACGCGACGAGAAGCAAGGCGCGUCGACGCCGAGGCCCAAUCCCUACCUUCGGGAGCGGCGCUCGAUCUUGAAUUGUUACGUGAUAGAUCUGUUGGUCCGUUAUCAAAAUUCGGGCCCGGGACGCGCUAUACAUUACUACCUCCGAAAUAUGACAAGGACGGCAAUGGCGCUGAUAGAGCCGCAUCUUUUGCUCGCAAGUUAUUUCGGGAGCGCUACGGGUUGAGAGAUGCUACUUUGGCGGUGGUCGCGCCGGUGGAUGCGGAUCGCCUCGCCUCCGCCGUGGUCAACGCGUUUCCUCAAGCGCCUCAACGGGUCUUCCCCGUGCCGCAACCCUAUACGACGGACCCGCUGCCGGACCAGGGUGCUCCUGAUCUCAUCGUCUCGAAGCAGCAACCAGGACGUGCUGAUGUCGUCACGCUGCAUUGGUCCAUACCUUACGACAAAGUAGGGGGGUUCGCUGCUUACAAAGCUCGACGGCCGGACGUCGUUGCCGCGCACUCGUUGGCCCACGGCGGGCCGGGCGGGCUGGCGUCUCGCUUAAAAAGAGCCGGCGUCGCGUUACAGCCGCGGCCCGGCGCGCCCGCCGUGUACGCGGGCGCGAAACCAGUCGUCGGCGACGCGGACACGGGUUUUGCCUUGUUCGAGAUUAGGGUACCUCUAGCUAGAACAGACGGCUGGCGCGACGCCGUCGCGGCCGUGCUGGCCGCGUGUGCCGCACUAGCUUCGAGCGCUCCAUCGGCAAUCCAAAGUGUUGCUCGAGACUGCGCGGCGCUAGCUGAUAGGAAUUGCCGGGACGCGCCGAGGCCCCCAACAGCAGUGGAAAUAGCGGAGAACAUGCGUUCCGAAAGAGAUCCGAGGGGACUCGCGGCGGCGGGCCGGCGCUUCCGCGCGCCGCCGCGCGACGUCGCCGUGUCCACGCUCGCGCUGGCUGCUCUAUUGACGCCGCAACGAUGUAGAGCCACUGCCUUCCUGCAGAGGCCCGAAUCGCAGCUGAUCCAGCUCGACGCCGCGACUUUGAGUAGGAGGAUCCCCUACGCGCGCGUCGAUUUGGAGGACGCGUUGUGGCAACGGCCGGCCAAGAAGUGGUGGCGGCCGCCGCAGCCCUGCGUCUACUGCGAUUUGUUGAGAAGAGGCACGACGAAGGCUGAAAGUCCUGGACAGGUCGAGAGCGUGCCGCGGCCCCGCGGCGCGCGGGGGCCGGCGCGCGAGUGGCGCGCCGACGGGCCCGCGCGGGCCGUGCUUUACCUGCCGUGCUGGCGCGUCUCCUCAGGAAACGCCUUCAUGCGGGCCUCGGCGCGGCUGUGGCAGCUCCUGGUGGCCGACGCCGUCGCGGAGCCGCUCUUCGGGGCGUCGCUCGCCGGCUGCAAGUACUCCAUGGGCUUCUACAAAGAUUCUGGGGUGAGCGACGAGAGCGUGCCGCCGGCGGGUGUAAGGGUCGCGCUCGCGGCGCCGGCGCCCGAAUUACUACCGCGCCUCGCCGCGGACUACGCGUCGAAGGUCAACGCGUUGGCCGACCCGACGCGGAGCUCGAGCGCGGGCCGCUUUGCGCGCGCGAAGCAGUUGGCGCUGCGCGAGCGGAACCUCGACGAGCCGACGCGGCGCGCACUCGCGGCCGCGACGGAGGCGGACGCGCGCCGCGAGGCUCAAAAGCUGUUCGCGUCGGCCGCGCGCGCGGCGCCGAAGCACGCCGAGAGCCUCGUCACGGGCCUGGACGAGACGGCGUCGCGGCGGCUGGUCUCGGGUUUAUUCGAGGCGCUGCCCGAGCUGGACAAGGCGGAGCUGCCUUCAUUAGAAGUGCCGGACGGCCGGCGGCCCGCGGGCCCGCUGACCGCGCGGGCGGCGUGGGACCACCCCGUGGCCCAGGACGCGUGCCUGGCGAGCGGCGUGCCGGCGAUGGCGGGGGUCUGUGGGCGGGUAUGAUUUGUUGUUUGUGGC